AUGGUUGUUUUGGCUGAUUUACUUGCUCACGUUAUUGAAAACGUCGAUGCACAACAGCCACAGGUGACACUUUUCUGCGGUGAUAAGCAGACCUUUCAGAUAACUGUGUGGUAUAAAAAGGGCAGAAAAGUAGUUUCUAACUUAGUGCACAUCGAAGCACACAAGAAGAAACAACAUGAAGUUCUUAAUCUGGACAGUUUCCCUACAGGCUCUGCCUACAAGCUGGUCUGCUACUUUACAAACUGGGCCCAAUAUAGGCCAGAACCAGCCAAGUACAAACCAGAAAAUGUGGACCCCUGUUUGUGUACUCACCUCAUCUACGCCUUUGCCAGCAUGACCAAUAGCUAUGAAAUUACCACUUAUGAAUGGAAUGAUGAAGUCCUUUACCAGUCUUUUAAUGCACUUAAGAACAGAAAUGGGAAGCUUACAACUUUACUGGCUAUUGGAGGAUGGAACUUUGGGACGGACAGAUUCACAAGGAUGGUUUCUACUGCUCAGAACCGUCAAACAUUCAUAAAUUCUGUAAUCAAAUUCCUUCGAAAUUAUGGAUUUGAUGGCUUGGAUCUAGAUUGGGAAUAUCCUGGCUCCAGAGGAAGCCCUCCAGAGGACAAGCAGCGUUUCACCAUCUUGGUCCAGGAAAUGCUGGCAGCCUUUGAGAAAGAAGGUGCAGAGACUGGACGUCCUAGAUUACUUGUUACUGCUGCAGUAUCAGCUGGGAAAGGCACCAUCGAUGCUGGCUAUGAAAUCGCCAAAAUAGCUCAGUCCUUGGACUUCAUUAAUGUGAUGAGCUACGACUUCCACGGUGCCUGGGAUACCUUCACAGGCCACAACAGCCCUCUCUAUAGAGGCUCUGCUGAUCAGGGGGAUUUCAUCUACUUUAAUACAGAUUAUGCCAUGAAAUACUGGAGAGACAAUGGAACCCCAGCUGAGAAGCUCAUUAUGGGAAUACCAACCUAUGGCCGUACCUUCAGGCUGACAUCUUCAAACACUGGUGUUGGUGCUCCAGCAUCUGGUCCUGCUGCAGCUGGACAAUACACAAGGGAGGCUGGAUUCUGGGCCUAUUAUGAGAUCUGCACAUUUCUACAAGGAGCCACAACAGCUUGGAUCACUGACCAGAAUGUCCCUUAUGCCUACAAGGGAAGUGAGUGGGUAGGCUACGACAACAUCAAGAGUAUUGAAGGAAAGGUGCAGUAUCUGAAGGACCAUGGUUUUGGAGGUGCUAUGGUUUGGGCUAUUGACCUUGAUGACUUCCUUGGGUCGAUAUGCAAUCAGGGUCCCUAUCCCCUGAUUGGCAGGCUGAAUUCUCUGUUGGGAAUUGCUGAGUCAGGCUGCACUCCAUCUUCAACAACACUGCCUCCACCAAUAACCACCACCCCUGGUGGUAAUGGCGGCGAUGGAGAUGGUGGAUUCUGCGAUGGGAAAGCUGAUGGCAUCUAUGCAGACCCAGAAGAUAGGACCAAGUUCUACGAGUGUGCUGGAGGAAGAACCUUUCACAAAACGUGCUAUGAAAACCUUGUGUUUGAUGAAAACUGCAAGUGCUGCAACUGGCCAUGAGGCAAAAAUACAUUAAUAAACUUAUACAAUUAUACAGUUAUAUUAAAUAAAAGUAA